GUCCGUGUUCUUUGUUUGCUCUUUGCAGGAGGAGAGGGCGAAGGAAGCAAAAUGGCGGCGCCCUUACAGGCUGUGAGGAGACUUUUGCGGUCGUCGGGAGGCCUGAACCCGACAUUUUCUCGCUCUGCAUUCACGGCAAGGAAAGAUGAUCCAAACAAUCCUAACUGGGUGAAGGUUGGUCUGAGUCUUGGUGCCACGGCUGCAAUAUGGAUGCUGAUCUUCAAACAGCAUAAUGAACAUUUAGCAGAAUAUGAAAGAAGAAAAGCAGAACAGGGAUCUUAAUGGUUUCAAAUUAUUAUGGUUUAAGCUGUUUUCCAUGUGAAUCAUCACAUUUACAUUAAUAAUUUAAACAGAAUAUCUGCUGGAUCCAUUCCUAAUCAAUACUAAGCUUCUUGAAAUAAAGCAAUAGCAAGUAUAGAAGCUGAUGAAAUGUAUGGACAUGUCUGAAAAUUACAAAUAAAAUAUGUUAAGUUAAA